AAAUUACUUCCAGCCGUAACAGUUGGGCGUCACAAAGCUAGGAAUAGACUAGAUGAGCAAGAUGGCUGCCUGUAUUUUCUGCAAGAUUGUCAAAGGUGACAUUCCCUCCUUCAAGCUCUUCGAGUCCGAGAGGAUCUUUGCUUUUCUUGACAUUCAACCUUUGAGCAAAGGACAUGCCCUCGUCGUCCCGAAACACCACGGCUCUAAGCUCACAGACAUUCCCGACGAUGCCUUGGCCGAGAUCCUGCCAGUGGUCAAGAAGAUUGCAGCUGCUAGCGGGGCCGAGAACUACAAUGUGUUGCAGAACAACGGCCGGCUGGCACAUCAAGAAGUCGACCAUGUCCACUUCCAUAUGAUCCCCAAACCGAAUGAGACCGAGGGACUUGGAAUCGGGUGGCCUGCUACGCCGACGGAUAUGGAGGCGCUGAAAAAGCUUCAUGCUGAUAUCAAGGCAAAGAUGUGAGGGGUUUCUUCUUCGCACGGCAAUGCUAUAGCGGAGGUACAGUAAAAGCAGGAGGGACGGUAGAAUAGCAGACAACCACAGCCUGGAGCGGAUGCUGUGGGCUUGACGUGACCUGUUGUGGUGCUGAACAUACAUGUUACCGAGCUGAAACCCUCAAAUUUCAAGAUUUCCUUCGGGACCAGGCACUGUCUGCCAUCGACUCUCUUUCUCAUUCCGUUCGGAGCACGUUGGCCACGAGCACGCGUCCUACUUUCCAAGUUCGGCUCGGCU